AUGCGCGGUAUCCAAUCUUUGUGCGCCUUUGGCGCAUCGCUGAUGGCACUCACUGCCGCCAGUCCCGUUGAGCCCCGCGCGACCACGUACAACAACCCGGUCCUCUGGCAAGAUCACCCGGAUCUGGACAUCUUUCGUGUUGGCGACGUUUUCUACUACUCUUCGUCGUCAUUCGCCUUCUCACCAGGUGCUCCGGUCCUGAAAUCGUACGAUCUGGUAAACUGGACGCCUGUCUCCCACUCAGUGCCCACACUCAACUUUGGCGACAAGUACAACCUUCCUAGCUCCACCAACCGCGCCUAUGUAAAGGGAAUUUGGGCAAGUACCUUACGCUACCGCAACUCUACCGACACUUUCUACUGGUUGGGUUGCGUUCAGUCUGAGGGCAAGACCUUUGUCUGGGGUUCGAGCGGAAGUAACGCAAAAGGCAACAACGGCGAGGUCUCGGCAUGGAACUGGACCGCUCGUGGUACCCUUCCUACCUGCUACUACGACGCUGGACUCUUCAUCGAUGAUGACGAUACCAUGUACGUUGCGUAUGGCAAUAAGAACAUCAUGGUUGCACAACUCAACAAGGACGGGACGGCUGAAGUCAAGAAGCAGCAAGUCUACACGUCGCCAGGUGGCGAAUCUAUUGAAGGCUCGCGCAUGUACAAGAGGAAUGGAUUCUACUACAUCUUCGUUACCAAGCCCGCCGAUGAUGAAUGGGUGUUGAAGGCAUCGAGCCCAUGGGGACCGUACGAACGUAAAGUCCUCAUCGACAGUAUUGCUGGUCCCCUUUCCAAUGCUGGAAACGCUCACCAAGGCGGUGUCGUUGAGACUAAGGAUGGGAAAUGGCAUUACAUGGCCUUCCUGGACUCGUUUCCCGGUGGCCGCAUUCCGGUGCUCGCACCGCUCAGCUGGUCUUCAGAUGGCUGGCCGACGGUUGAGAGGGUAAACAACGAAUGGGGCAAGUCGUACCCAAUGCCGGUACAGACAAGCAAGACUGUGCCACCACCAACAGGCCUUGACUCCUUCACGGGCACAUCCCUUAGCCACGAGUGGGAAUGGAACCAUAACCCCGAUACCAGCAAAUUUGCGCUCGUUGGUGGCUCGGGCGGUCUUCGUCUACGAUCUGCCACAGUUACCGGUGACCUCUUCACCGCACGUAACACGUUGACCCACCGCAUCCUCGGUGCCAAGUCCUCCGGUACAUUCAGAAUCGACAUCAGCAAGAUGGCCGACGGCGAUCGCGCAGGUGCCGUUCUCUUCCGCGAUGUUGCGGGCUACAUUGGUGUUCACAAAGAAGGAAGCACAGCGAAACUCGUCAUGGUCAACAACCUGAACCUCAACACUGACUGGACUACCAAGUCCACCGGUACUGUCGCUGCGACUGGACCGACGCUUGCUGCAUCUACCACCGAUCUUUACCUGCGCAUCCAGGCUGACAUCACACCGGCGUUUGGCACGAACACGGCGCGACAGGCCACCUUCUGGUACAGCACGGAUGGCACGACGUUCACGCAGUUGGGAGGUGGAUUUGGGCUGACGAACACUUGGCAAUUCUUCACCGGAUAUCGUUUCGGUGUAUUCAACUUCGCCACUAAGGCAUUGGGUGGAGAGAUCACGGCGAAGAGCUUUGAGCUGAAAAGUCUUUAGUCGUGUUAAAUCUUUGUAUUGAGCUCAUACUGCCAAAUUCGAAUUAUCUCAAGC